AGUGAUCGAUCAAAAUGUUUAACAUCAUAGAGAAACUUGGGAUUAGUGGGGAAACGCGACAGUUGAAACUUGGAAAAAGUUUCCAAAACCAUCGGGCUAACCGAGGAUCGAACCAACCACCCGAAGGCCUUCACACGAUUCGAUACGAUUUCAAACCAGCUUCUGUUGACACCACCAAAAGAGCAGAUAUAGAGUUUGGUGAGAAUAAUAAAGUGACGGUGGUUAUGCCGAAUGUGGACUCAUCGUCUCUGCCUCAAACCGUUUUCAAAGGUUCGAGAAAACCUCACCUCAAGGAAUGUGUUCUAAUCAUCGACAAUGAAACAGGUGAAUUAACAUUGGAAAGAUUGACCAACAACAUUGCAGUUAAAAAGACUCGAGUUGAAGGAGGCUCGCGACCUGGAAUGCCGAGGCCUAUCACGCCUUCGUUUGAAACUGGACAAGAGGAGAAAAGUGGACCUUCACCUUCAUCGUCGAUUAACAAUUGUAUCACCAACACGAAUACAAGUGUUGAUAAUUCGAUGAAUUUCGAUUCUAUUGUUAGUUCAGGAUUGGAAUUGAGUCAACAGAAAAUGGAUCAUGGAUCUUCAAGUAGUGAUAAUAGUGAUUCUUCAAGUGAUGAAGAUGAUGAGAUCAAACAAACGCUCAAGGAAGGAAUGAAAAGUUUGGAAGAGGAAAAUUCAUCAAAGGCUAAUUCAUCUUCGUCUUCUGGGUCAUCAUCUUCUUCGGGCUCCGAGAGUAGCUCAGAUUCUGAGGACGAACCCGAUCCACCCACGGCUUCAUCGAUGGCGGUUCACAACUCGAAACCCAAACAAAGCGCACCCACGGGUCCACCUUCGGGUUCACUUCUUCCAAGUAUGCCCAAUAUGCUGAGUAUGCCGAAGUUCAGCCAAUUAAGUGAAGAUUUGCAAUUAAGUGAAUCUGGAAGUGACAGCGAUUAAUCAAACGUGUUCCUAUUUUUGCAUUCCGAUUCUAAUUCGAUGUCCUUUUCUUAAAUGUAAUAAACUCUUUUACUAUUGUAACUCUUUAAGUGACAAUAAGAAAAAAACAACUGAUCAAGAUUUGAAAAACAAAACUCAUUAAAGACUUAUUUUCACAUAAAUAAUAUCAA